GUGCGUUCCCGAGCGUCCCUCCGGAGUCCUUCCUCCGAUCCCUCCCCAAGCGUCUCGAAGCGUGCCGCUUCCUCUUCGCUGACGAAGUCUGGCAUGAGGUCGAAUAGGAGUGUAACGUCGUCAGCCGGUGACCCCAAGGCCGACGGGUUGGAGUCCGUCCGCUGGUACUACUACGCCUGGAACCAGCGGACGGACCUCAACCCGUCGGCCUUGGGGUCACCGGCUGACGACGUUACACUCCUAUUCGACCUCAUGCCAGACUUCGUCAGCGAAGAGGAAGCGGCACGCUUCGAGACGCUUGGGGAGGGAUCGGAGGAAGGACUCCGGAGGGACGCUCGGGAACGCACUCUUGUCUUGGCUCGGUGCUUCCGGCUCCCUCGCGUAGACUCGGCAACCGAAAACAAGAUCACCCGUCAAACGCUGAACGUGCUUUCUGGUGCGAACUUGGAGCGAAAAUGCUCACACAAACCCCUCGGCAUCAUGUACGACUUGCGGUGCUUCGCUCCCUCGCUUAGACUCGGCAACCGGAAACAAGAUCAACCGUUGAACGCUGAAAACGUCAUUAGGCCGGAGGGUCAGGGCCUAUACGGAGGCAAUCGAUCACGGGUCGCGGCACUUCCGAGCCUAAUCCAUCCAGUACGGCAGUUUUGGCGCCACCCGGCUACGGAGAACAGCCGUUUCUGUCCGCUAGCGGGACCGAAACGGUCUUUUCGCGACAGACAUGGCGAGACUGGCUCGGAGGCGAGACCGAAGGUGGAGAUAGCGCCGAUGAUAACGGUCAGAAGAAGGAUGCGGGAGGCGGCAACAAGGGUGCGGGGGGGGGCAAGCAGAAGGACUUCCAACUUUCUCGACAAAGACAGGAUUGAGAUCCUGACGAACACAGCAGGCAACGACGAUGACCAAGACGGAGGGGGGUCAUCCGGCAACGACUCGCCUGGUGGCACACCUCGACGGAGGGUGCGGCUAUCCGUCGCGGAACGAGGGCGUGGAGACGUCCUGGUGAAGUGUACGGACGAGCAAUUGCGUCUGUGCGAACUAGUGGACGACAAUGGCGACUUGAGGACGGCGACGCCAAGUAUUUGCUACUUCGAAAACGACACGUGGAUGGAGAUCGGAUGCAUUUUCACCGUACUGGUUAAGGCACGUAACCCAUUUAUGGUUUCCGUGACCACAACCAAACUCUGACUGAUUUCCGCUUAUGACCUAAAAAUCUAGCCUAAAAAUGAGCUCCUCGACCGAUCAGAUCAAAAGGUUCGUAAAUGGUUUCCGUAACCAUCAUCCAACUACUCACGUUUCCGCUUGCGACCACCAAGGAGGAUUGUGCGUGUGACUUUGACUAACAUCAUGUCCAUCAGAGCCACCUACUAGACAGCUUGCGACAGUUGCGUAAGUCGGGCAUUAUAUGGCGGGUGAUAUUCUCAUUUUCGAUCUUUUGUUUUUCAAUUUUCCACGUCACGCAGCGGGGACAAGUCGCACCAGAAGAGGCAGACGAGCAGGACACCGCCAAGAGUAGGAAAAACGGCUCGAUGUGAGCAACUGGCAAGCUCAAAGGUUCCGAUUGAUGGUGGCCUUCGUCUGCCCCGCUGGUCGCAUUCAUGUUGGCAGUACGAGGAGUACGUACAGGGCACGGUGGUUCACAUCGGGUAUCUUUGAACAAACGGAUACCAACAGUAGCACAAGGUUUCCCGAAACACCUGCCGUGUAGCUGGUUGACCAUAUUCUUCUUGGAUUUUCUUGCGGCCGCCUGGUCAUUUUCCCUGGCAUCGCUGCUGGAGAGAAACGGAUUUUGGCACGAGAACAGGUAACAGAGGAUCUGGUGGAGUGCCGAUCCAGUGCGGUGGUCCGUACCUUGGAGAUCUACGGUUUCGGCGAUGGCGCUGGACGGUCGAGGAGGCUAACGACAACCCGAACACUGAUGUAUGUUGGAAAUGCGCUGAUCGGUCAAGAAGGUCAAGGAUCGGCCAAACUCAUCUCGGAACAGAGCUGAUCGAUCGAGGAGGCGAAAGGUGGAGGAGGCCAGGGACACACGUUUUGCAAUGGUGCCCCGAAAGGGCAACAGUUUUGGAAUGGGGCCGAGUUACCGAGGAGACGAGCGAUAGCCCGGACACAAUUUUCCUGCAACACAUACCCCUUACAAGCGUGAAGACACCCUUGGGCCUGCUCAUUUGUUGGCGGCCAGCUUUCAACUCUCUGAGGAAAAGGGCUGCUGUGGCGUGUACCAAUAUCGUCCUCUGUGUCACGCACGCUGGACAAGGGGACAAGUCCGCGAGACUUGGUGGAGACAUAUUCUAAAUGUUUUCACCUUGGGUCUUUGUCGCCCCUCUUAUUCUUGUUGGAUUUUCCUGCGGUUGCCUGGUCUUGGCUCAAGGCCCCGCUACUGGAGGGAGCGCUGUUUGUGGCACGGGAACAGAUGGAAUAGGAUCUGACGGAGAUCUGAUGGAGUGCCAACAAAUUGCUUUGUCUACGUUGAAGAUCUACGGUUGCGGCGUUGGCCCUGAUCGAUCGAGAGGGGGGCGGACGACAGCCCGAACACUUUUUUGAAAAUGCGCUGAUCGGUCAAGAAGGGCAAUGAUCGGCCCAAGUCAUCUUGGAACAGAGCAAAUCGGCCGAGGAGGCGAAAAAGUGAAGGAGGCCAGGGACACACAUUUUUCAAUGGCGCCCCGAACGGUUAACAGUUUCGGAAUGGGGUCGAGUUAUCGAGGAGACGAGGGAUAGCCCGGACACAAUUUUCCUAGUUCACAUACCCCGUACAUGCGAUGUUCCAGCUCACACGAAGCGUGCUGCUUUGU